AUGGCGUCCGACUCCAAGCCUGAGGGCAGCAUGCUCUGGGGUGGCCGAUUCACUGGCGGCCUCGACCCCCUGAUGGUCAAGUACAACGAGAGUAUCUUCUUUGACCGUGUCCUCUACAAGCAGGACAUUCUCGGCAGCAUUGCCUUUGCCCGCGCCAACGCAAAGUCUGGCAUCAUCACCCAGGAAGAGUUUGAGAAGAUUAGGGAGGGUCUCCUCGAGGUCCAGAAGGAGUGGGAGACUGACUCCUUUACCAUUAUCUCUGGUGUCGAUGAGGACAUCCACACUGCCAACGAGCGCCGACUGGGUGAGAUCAUUGGCAAGAACAUUGCUGGCAAGCUUCACACCGGCCGCAGCCGCAAUGAGCAGGUUGUCUGCGACAUGCGAAUGUGGCUCCGAGACGAGCUCCGAAAGAUCGAUGAGCACCUCGUCAACUUCCUCAAGGUGAUCGCCGCCCGCGCCGAGUCCGAGAUCGAGUACAUCAUGCCCGGCUACACCCACCUCCAGCGAGCCCAGCCCGUCCGCUGGAGUCACUGGAUGCUGUCCUACGGCCUGGCCUUUGCCGCCGACCUGGACCGACUCCGCGAGACCAUCAAGCGCGUCAACCGAAGCCCUCUGGGCUGUGGCGCUCUUGCUGGCAACCCCUUCAACAUUGAUCGUGAUAUGAUGGCUGAGGAGCUGGGCUUUGAGGGCCUCCUCUGGAACUCGAUGGGUGGCGUUGCCGACCGAGACUUUGUCUCCGAGUUCCUCCAGUGGGGAAGCAUGUUCAUGCAACACAUUUCUCGAUGGGCCGAGGAUCUUAUCAUCUACAACACUGCCGAGUUUGGCUUUGUCCGUCUCUCGGAUGCCUACUCUACUGGCAGCUCUCUUAUGCCCCAGAAGAAGAAUGCCGACAGCCUGGAGCUCCUCCGAGGAAAGGCUGGCCGUGCCUUUGGCCACAUGGCCGGCUUCAUGAUGACCCAGAAAGGUCUCCCUAGCACCUACAACAAGGAUCUCCAGGAGAGUCUGGAGCCCAUGAUGGACCACGUCAAGACCGUUUCAGACAGCAUUCAGAUCGCCAACGGUGUCCUCGCCACCCUGACCGUCAACCCUGAGAAGAUGAAGGCGGCCCUCGACCCCUUCAUGCUGGCCACUGAUGUGGCUGACUACCUUGUCCGCAAGGGCGUGCCGUUCCGUGAGACCCACCAUAUCUCGGGCCGAUGCGUGGCCAAGUCGGAGGAGACGGGCAUCCCCAUGAACGAGUUCUCGUACGAGCAGAUCAAGGCCAUCGAUGAGCGAUUCGAGGAGGACAUUGCCGAUGUCUUCAACUACGAGACGAGCGUCGAGAGCCGAUCGGCCAAGGGUGGCACCAGCAAGGCCACGGUUCUGGAGCAGAUUGAGGUUCUCAGGAAGAUGCUUGCCUGA